AUGGCGGUGUGGUGUUCUGCACGCUGGUUGCUGGUGGCUGUGGGGACCACCCGGCUGCCGGCUGUAGCGGGGAGAGCGGCGCGCCCAUCCUGGGAGGGCGUGGUUGGGGCGUCGCUGGGUCGCAAGCUGAAUGUCGCCGCCUUUGCGCCUUCCUGGGGCGAUCGCGGUCCCCGGGCGCUGCUGACAUUGAGACCCUGUGUCAGCCUCACAGGUGCAAAAGUCUAUCCUUUUGUUUGUACUACCUCCUUCCACACAAGCACCACUUUGGCCAAAGAAGAUUAUUACCAGAUAUUAGGAGUGCCCCGAAAUGCCAGCCAGAAAGAAAUCAAGAAAGCCUAUUACCAGCUUGCCAAGAAAUACCACCCUGACACGAAUAAGGAUGAUCCCAAAGCUAAGGAGAAAUUCUCCCAGCUGGCAGAAGCCUAUGAGGUAUUGAGUGAUGAAGUGAAGAAGAAGCAGUAUGAUACCUACGGCUCUUCUGGCUUUGAUCGUGGGGCCAGCAGCUCUGGGCAGAGGUACUGGAGGGAAGGCCCUUCUGUUGACCCAGAGGAGCUGUUCAGGAAGAUAUUUGGGGAGUUCUCAUCAUCAUCAUCUUUUGGAGAUUUCCAGAGUGUAUUUGAUCAGCCUCAGGAAUACAUCAUGGAGUUGACAUUCAAUCAAGCUGCCAAGGGUGUCAACAAGGAAUUCACCGUGAACAUCAUGGAUACCUGUGAUCGCUGCGAUGGCAAGGGGAAUGAGCCUGGCACCAAGGUGCAGCAUUGCUACUACUGCGGUGGCUCCGGCAUGGAAACCAUUAAUACAGGUCCUUUUGUGAUGCGUUCCACGUGUCGAAGAUGUGGUGGCCGUGGCUCUACUAUCACAAAUCCAUGUGUGAUCUGCAGAGGAACAGGACAAGCCAAGCAGAAGAAGCGAGUGAUGAUCCCUGUGCCUGCAGGCGUCGAGGAUGGCCAGACUGUGAGGAUGCCUGUGGGGAAACGAGAAAUUUUCAUCACAUUCAGGGUGCAGAAAAGCCCCGUGUUCCGGAGGGACGGCGCGGACAUCCACUCCGACCUAUUUAUUUCUAUAGCUCAGGCUCUUCUUGGGGGGUCAGCCAGAGCUCAGGGCCUGUAUGAGACAAUCAAUGUGACGAUCCCCCCUAGGAUGCAGACAGACCAGACGAUUCGCUUGACUGGGAAAGGAAUCCCCCGGAUUAACAGCUAUGGCUAUGGCGACCACUACAUUCAUGUCAAGAUCAGAGUUCCAACGAGACUAACAAGCCGGCAACAGAACCUGAUCCUGAGCUACGCUGAGGAUGAGACUGAUGUGGAGGGAACAGUGAAUGGUGUCACCCAUACAAGCACAGGUGGCAGGACCAUGGAUAGCUCCACAGGAAGCAAGGCUAGGCGUGAGGCUGGGGAGGACGAGGGAUUCCUUUCCAAACUUAAGAAAAUGUUUACCUCCUGAUAUCCCAGCUGAGGAAAACGAUCCACUGGAAACUAGGCUGGGAGCAACAGUCCUUCCUUGUGGCCAGGUCUCAGAGACAUGAGGAUUCCAGAGCAGCAGUACAGAGCCCUCUCAACUGCCAGGAAACACCACAUGAUAAGACAUUUCUGCACAGAAAGGUCACAGUGGACAGCCCCUGGGCAGUGAAUGUAGCACCUGAGGGCUGGUGAAGCUUCCCGUUUCAUGAGUAGGUGAUGCACCUCUUCUGGCUCAGGCAGGGUAAGACAGCUGGACACUUCUUCUGGCACUAAAACUCUAGUUUGGAAUCAAAUGUGGAGAGCUUAAAGAAUUAAAGGUCAUGCUUUCAGCUUAAAAAUGAAGGCUUAAACCGCAGCAGGGUGUGAAGUGAUUCAUUUCCCUCUCAGCAAACCUCCAGGUCCUGGAAUGAGGACUUCCUGACAGGUCGUCUUCAUCAGGAACAGGGCUGCACACCCCACCAGAGCUAUCAUCCCCCAACAGGCUCUGCCCAGGCCUCCUCUUGGAGUUUGUUUUUAAUUUCCCAAGGUACCAACCAGCUGGAAAGUGUGUGCCCUGGAGAGGCACCCAAAGGGCCACAGGGUCCCUGGAAGUUCUACUUGUCAAGACAGACAGACCCUUUCACCCCACAAGAUGGCAGCCAGCCCCGACUUGAAUUCUGUAAUUCUAGCUGAGUGCGUGGAGCUCCUGCACUUCCAAGCCGCAGACACUGGGCCAUGCUGGGCAGACAUCAGUCACCUUGGAAACUUGGAACUAUGCCAGCCAGUGACUUGGCUCUCACCUACACUGUAACAUGUAUUUUCCAAAGUGUGCUUAAAUUAUUCAGUGCUAAGAAUCAUUGUCUUCUCUUGUGUAAAUGUGUGUUCAAGAGAGGAAAAUAGUCCAAGCUAGUGAAGGUUCCCUACCUUGCAGCCAGGCCAAAUGCCCUGUCCCCAGCCUCUGCUAUAGCACACUGCAGUUGCCACGUGGUUCACAGUCCUCCCUAGUGUAAAACAGGUUAAUGAAGAACAUUUCUCAGUAGUUCCCCUUUUUCUUUAUAAUUUACAAAAUUAAAGAUUAGUGUCUGAUUUAAUUAUGUAAAAUGAUUCUGUAUCAAUGUAAAUAAGAUUAUCUUCUGCAAAAGAUCUUUAAAACCUAAA